UUUGUUGUUCUUUUUUAUUUUUUUAUUAAAGCCUCCAUUUUUUUAACGAUCUGAAAAUCAAUAUUAAAGCAAGUUUUAAAAAAGUGCUUUAAAAGUCAGUAACCUUCUGUGGCUGGAAAUAUUUUCUGCACUGCAUGCAGACAACUUAAAGUAAAAUCAUUUCUGUCAUCUAUUUUUUUUUCUCUUACCCUGCUUGAUUUGCAUCAGCGUCUAUGAUUGGCUGCUUUAAGUUCAGAGAGAGGGAGAUACUGCCCUCUUCUGAUUGGUUGAGAGCGAAGGGGGGUAGGGACUGUGUGAACAUAAAUACUGAGUGCAGCCUGACAGACACACUUGUAUGCAUCUGCUGUCAUCAUCCUCUUCAGUACAGCUACAUCUGGCUCCAUCACUGACAUCAAGACCAUUUCCAGACAAGUAAAGAAGAGGAGAAUAAAGACAAACGACAGAAGAGAUUAUUUCCGUUUUGGAGAAGAAGAGCGACAGGUCACCCACCCCCAUCAUGUCUUAUGAAGUGAAGGAGAAGACAGAGGUGCGUCUGGUGUUUCUGGGAGCAGCUGGAGUAGGGAAGACAGCCCUCAUCCAGCGCUUCCUCAAAGACACCUUUGAGCCCAAGCACCGGCGCACAGUGGAGGAGCUCCACAGGAAAGAGUAUGAAGUGGGGGGAAUCAAAGUCACCAUCAACAUCAUGGACACCAGUGGCAGCUACUCCUUCCCAGCCAUGCGCAAGCUCUCCAUCCAGAACAGCGACGCCUUCGCCCUGGUCUACGCCGUGGAUGACCCCGAAUCCCUGGAAGCGGUCAAGACUCUGCGAGAGGAGAUCCUGGAGGUCAAAGAGGACAAGUACACACCUAUCGUGGUGAUAGGCAACAAAAUCGACCGCCACAAUGACCGCCUGGUGUCCAGCAAGGACGUGCUGUCCACAGUGGAGAUGGACUGGAACCACAGCUUCCUGGAGUCCUCGGCCAAAGACAAUGUCAACGUGCUGGAGGCUUUCAGGGAGCUGCUCCAGCAGGCCAACCUGCCCAGUCGCUUCAGCCCUGCGCUGUGCCGGCGGCGGGAAACCUUUCCCAAGGAGAGCAAGAGACAACCACCUAUGAAUAAGGCCAACAGUUGCCUCAUCUCAUAAUGAUGUGGAGCUGCAAAGAGGAUAACACAAAAAGAGACUAAGAGAAAACUGCCAAAAAGAGACUGGACUGGACAGAAACAAAGAGACUGUGUUUAAUGUGUUAAGACUCUAAAGAAAUGCUGAGUUAAUGAACCAUGUAUCCUCAUCUGUCCUGUGAGCACUGCAUCUGAGCCCACAGCAAGCAGAGAUGCUACAAUGAGGACAUGAUGAAAACAGAUACCAUCUCAAAGACCUGAAAGAAUGUGGCUGAACUGCUUGAACUGUGAAAAAAUGAAAAAGUGCACAGAAACUACUUACUGUGAUUGUCAAAAUGGUGACAGUGUAGAAGCAGCAUUAUGUAUCAUGAGCUCACUCGACUCUCUGUGUAUGUGAUGCUUUCAUUUUGGGGUUUCGUGUUCAUGGUGUUUAAAAAAGUGCAAUAAUUGUGAAGUCCUGGAUGUUUACGCAACAGUCGGUUUGUGUCGCCAUAUGAUGGUUUUACGAAUCGAGUGAACAACAGAAGAAACUGGAAACUGUUUCUAUUUUUGAUGGCAACACAUCAAACAUUAUGUUGUGACAUCUUGUGUCACUUGCAGUUUUGAACUGCUGCUUUGCAUAAUCUUAGCAUAAUUAUGCACAUUUAAACUGUUAUUUUGAAAGACAGGCUGUACAUUUACUGUGUGUUUCUCGCUGUCUUCAUUUGACUAAUAAAUUCUUUUUUAAUGGGA